CCUCCUUGACACGUAAUGGCGACAAAACACUUCCGGCCCCUGCUCCUCGGCCCCGUUCAUUUAUUAACUGUCAACUUCCGGUUGAUCCUUCUUUUCGGCAACGGCUACAAACUCGCCAACAUGCCACUCGCAAAGGACCUGUUGCACCCAACCUCCGAGGAGGAGAAGAGGAGUCACAAGAAGAAGCGUCUUGUACAGAGCCCUAACUCGUAUUUUAUGGAUGUCAAAUGUCCAGGAUGCUAUAAGAUCACGACAGUGUUCAGUCACGCCCAGACAGUCGUCCUGUGUGUCGGAUGCUCCACAGUACUGUGUCAACCUACAGGGGGUAAAGCACGCCUCACAGAAGGUCAAGUCGACUACAAAAUCCACAAUGCAAAGCUCUAUAGGCUAGCUAGGUGUCUACAAUCUCACCAUUUUCAACCUGCAGAUCGAUGUGCCUCAUCGUGGAGUCUGACAUUCACAGCAGCACCAUGCAAUGAAGAAGCAGACACAGGAGUAAUGUGUUUGACCCUCUGUUAAAUUACACAUUUCGAUGAUGCUCAUUCAGGAGAAAACAGCACUAGACUCUCAGCAAUGGAGCUUGUUGGACGAGAGACCCAAGGGAGGAGAGACGGGAUUGACCCCACAGUGACCCUGCUCAGGAAGUGACGACACGAGAGGAAAAGUGGAGAUGAAACUGAAGAGGAAAGAUGGUGUUGAGCUCUGCUUUGUGUACGUAGAGAGAGAACGUCCCCUGGCAUGAUGACAUCACUGUAACACCACUCCACUGGUCUUUCUCUCACUUCUUAAUAAAGUUUAGCUUUUUCGUUAAAGAA